UUAAAUUGUAAAUUAAUAGAUUCGGCGAUGGAAUCCAGAUGGAAGACUAGCCCCGACUAACCCCUCUGUAGUUUGUACAAGUCAGCACGAGUGCCGAACGACCUAACGCUUCUCCACCCCCUAGCGCUGUCAUGCGCCACCGCCCAAUCAGGGCCGGCGUGAUGGCGAGAGGGGCGGGUACCUGGAUCAAAUCACCAGGCACCAUGGCUGUGGCCGGCUCGGGCGGAGUGCCCUUCAGGUCAGUGAGUUGCGGUCGCGGACGGAAAUGGGGGAAAGCGAGGGGAAGUACGGAGUACGGAGGAAAUGGCAUAUUAAUAGAAACUCCAGGAUGUGCGAGGGUACCUGAAAAAGCGCAAGAGUGGGAGGCCACUCAGGCGACUGGUAGAAAGGCAAAAUGAGGUCAGUAACUGACUGACCUGCUGGAAGCGGUAUGGCUUCUGAUCCUGUUCUGUGGACGGAGGCCGGACAGACCCGAAUUGACUUUCCAACUGUACCAGCUACCGAUCCAAGGCCUCC